AUGACGAUGGCAGCUCAGCUCUUCAGCUUCCCAGUCCUCACGGUGGCAGGGGCUGUAGAGGCACUGCUGGCUAUCAAGCAGUUCCCCAGUUACUACAGCUCUGGGAGCCAUCUGACAGCCGUGAUUGGCAUGAUUCUUGCCAACUAUGCGUUCGGCGUCGUUUUCUGGGCGUUUCUGUAUCCGAGAUUCUUCAGUCCUCUCCGCCGAAUCCCUGGACCAAGGGCUUUCAUUGGCGCCGCGUACCGGUCCAUUGUCGUCAGAGAGGGGCCUUCUGGAGACAUCUUUCUCAACCUGGCCAAUCAGUACCCAGGAGAAGACUUGAUCGCGCUUGACGCCUUUGGCCGCCAGAUGUUCGUCGCGAAACCGGGUCUGCUGGCCGACCUGCUCGUGCACAAAUGCUACGACUUCGCUAAGCCCAGGAGGAUCAGCGCCUUCUUACGGCGGAUCCUCGGCGAUGGCCUCAUCAUUGUAGAGGAAGACCGGCACAAGUUCCUCCGCAAAAACACCAUGCCCGCCUUCCACGUCCGGCACAUCAAGGACCUGUACCCGAUGAUCUGGAACAAAGCUGGCAUCCUGACCCGAGCGUUGACGAGGGAGAUUGACAGCAACGCGACCCCCGACUCCAAGGGCUCGGCCAUCGUCGAGCUGACGACGUGGGCAAGCAAGGUCACGCUCGACAUUAUCGGCAUCGCGGGCAUGGGCCGCGGGCUAAACAUUGUCGAGAAGAAGUCGGGCGAUCCGCUACAGGAGCUUUACGAGGAGCUGCUGGAGCCGAGCCGGGAGAAGCUCAUCUUCGCCAUGCUAUCUUUGGCCAUCGGGUUCCCGGCCGUAAGGCUGCUGCCGUGGAAGAUGAACAGCCUGUUCAUCUACCUGACCAGUUCGCUGGACAAGAUCUGCAGAGAGCUGAUCAAGGAGAAAAGAGACGCCAUCGUGAAGAAGGAAGACGACCAUUUCGACAUCUUGUCCCUGUUGAUCAAGUCCGACAACUUUGACGACGAAGCCCUGAAGGAUCAGCUUCUGACGUUUCUCGCUGCGGGACACGAGACCACAGCAUCUGCCCUUACCUGGGCGUCAUAUCUUCUUGCCAACCACCCAGAGAUUCAGGCCAAGCUCCGAGAGGAGGUUACGUCAGCUCUCGGGGCCAACGCCAUCGCGGGCGAGCCCCUGGCCAAUCCCGCCGGGGUCCUGAAGCAACUGCCGUACCUCAACGGAAUAAUCUACGAGACGCUGCGGCUGUACCCGACUGUCCCACUGACGAUGCGCGAGGCGCUGCAUGACACGCAGGUGGGCGAGCAGUUCGUGCCGAAAGGCACCGAGAUGGUCGUGUCCAUCUGGCAGAUCAACCGGUCGCCGGACCUGUGGGGCGCCGACGCCGGCGCGUUCCGGCCAGAGCGGUGGAUCAACACCGACGGCGACGGCAAGCCGAACCAGCACGGCGGCGCGCGGAGCAACUACGACUUCCUGACCUUUCUGCAAGGCCCGCGCAGCUGCAUCGGCCAGGAGUUCGCCAAGGCCGAGAUGCGCUGCCUGCUUGCGGCUCUGGUCACCGCCUUCUCGUGGGACCUCGCCAUGGACGAGGAUAAGAUCGUGCCCCGCGGCGUCAUCACCAUCAAGCCCGAGAACGGCAUGCACCUGAGGAUGAGGCCGCUGGGGCGGGUUGUAUAG